AUGCUAAGCAGCACAGCUGUUGACGUCAGCAGUGCGACUUAUAACCACUCUCAUCUUCAAAAUAGAAGAGCUACUUCCAUGUACUCUAAAAACUUUAACCCGUGUGACGUCACGGCCGUAAACAGUGCCGUACGGCACAUCGACAUCGGGUUUGCGCCCAACUCAGCCUCUUACGUUGACUUUCUCGGAUAUCCUAACUGCAGUGGCUUGGACAAUGUCAAAGUCGAAAGCCACGAGAACAUCGAUGUCACCCAGAGAGAACCUAACCAAGGCAAAUGGCAAGAAGCGCCCCCGUGUCCCCCGGUAACCAGUGAUUCCACAUCAUCAGAAAGGAGGACUAAUGGAGCGUACGGUCAAAGCGCUCACCGGACAGUUCCCGCCUUUGGCGCUGACCCCACGGACGAAGCAGACAACGUUGUGAACAGUAUCAAAAAAAAAGAAAGUGACCCCGAGGGUACCCCUCAUGCAUACGCAGCGCCGACGCCCACGGAGAGCCCUCAUUGUGGCUGGCGGUACUCAUCUGUGAAUCAGCAGUCCCCCAUCUAUGACCCUAGACCCUCGUCCAGCUACCUUCCACAUCCCUAUCAUUCGUACACCCGUCCAGCAUUCCAUAACAGCCCCCAUCCUGGAUACGCCUACACGUCUCCACCGCACUCGUCUGCGAACUCAACCUCACCGACAGAGGCGGCCCGCAAAACGGGGGAAGACCAGGGCCCCCUGUAUCAUUGGCAGCACCCGCAGUACCACGGCGAGUUUGCAGCCGUGAGGAACUCACGCCUAGUGAGUAAUCCCAACUGGACGGUCGAAGGUAAAAACAACAUCAAGGUAGCACUUUUUAACGGAGAUAUGUGGGCCAAAUUCCACGCCCACACCAAUGAAAUGAUCAUUACCAAACAUGGAAGACGAAUGUUUCCAGUUCUUGACUUCCUAAUCAGCGGCCUUGACCCUGACAGGAAAUACCGAGUUUACGUGGGCAUGGACCUAGCAGACGAACAUCAUUGGAAAUUCCAGGCUGGGAAAUGGGUCUCUUGUGGAGCAGCUGAACCCCUCUCAACAGAGGGAAGGAUUUACAUCCACCCUGACUCGCCCAACACUGGCGCCCACUGGAUGAAACAGGAAGUGAUCUUCAGCAAACUGAAACUGACCAAUAACAAAAGCUGUACACUGAACAAUCAAAUAAUACUAAAUUCUAUGCACCGCUUCCUACCAAAGAUCUUUAUUUGUGAAGACACGGAGGAAGGGAAGGAACUCAUUUCGCAUGGCUUUGUAGACACGCAGUUCAUUGCCGUGACAGCCUACCAGAACACAGAUAUCACUGACCUAAAGGUCAAAUACAACCCUUACGCCCGAGGUAUGAUUGACAAAUGCAGCAGCAGGAUGGGCAUGGAGCAGGUUUCCCCCCAGCAUCUGUUCUCACCAUAUGGUCAAGGCAUGUCGCCAGAACAUCAGAAUGUCCACACCUCACCGCUCCCUGGCAUGUCAGUGCCGUACCAGCAUCCGCCAAUGGGGAGCACGCCAUUAACACAGACCAAUGGUCACGUGUAUCCAAGCUCUUCGGACACAUUCCAGCAGAGAUUUGAUAUCGGGCAUAACUCUCCAGAGUCAGGGGUUUCAUAUUACGAAACACCCUACGCCAUAAGGACACCCAACUAUAUGCAUGUUCAUGGCUACAAGCACCCAGGAGUGACGCCCUACGUCGGCUCCCCUGGUGCACCUCAUCCCAGGCCCACUGACAGUGAUUGCCUGUACUCACCGGGUGGAUCCUCAGGUGGCGCCCUUGCCUUGAAUACACGAAACCCCCAGUUUCACAGAUCGCCCCCGAUUCAGAGUGGACAACGCUCCAUCCCUACCAGCCUCGUCAACAUUUCCGCCUCGUCUUUCGGACCAAACGGUCAAGCAUCUUUAGACAGCAGAAGUAGCCUUGGCACGCAAAGGAAAGUUCCUGCGAGCAGUCAGCACCUCCAUGGGGAACAUUUUUUACACAGGCAGGAAAGCGAUAUGGGCAAGGACUGCCAUUACAACCACACAAGCCCUUUCAUGGCCAGUUUCCUGCUGACCACCAAAGAGGACCCUGAAGCAGAGGACGAGAAGGAUUUCGGACAGCUUCAGGAGGAAGCCGCCAAAGUAACAUUAAACCUGCUCUGCAGGUCGCCGGUUAGGAAACGAAGAAAAUAAAAGAAAAAGUCUUUGCCUUUUUCAUUCGUUUUCUAACCGGUAGAUGUGUCAAUGCAUAUAUUUUGCAUUACAAUUGCUUUUUUUUUUCCAUAUUUAUUAUUACAUUCUCUUCUUUACUUGAUUCUUUUAUUCUUUCAAUUUUCUUUGUCUUUAUUUUUUAUACAAGCUUUUGUACACAUUGUUUUGUUUUACAAAGCUUUUAACAACUCACUUUGUCUGUCUGUCUGUCUGUCUAGUAAAAUUUUUGUACAUGUUAUUUCUCCCACACCCAUUCUAGGAUGAAGCUUUACACAAUAAUUUAUUUUACCUAACA